AUGCCGACGCUUAUUCGCCAGAAAUACAUGUUGGUUGUCGAAGAUGCGAACCUGGACACUGCAGCUCAGAAUUUGAAGCAAAGAGGCUUUCGGGAGGCUCCUCGGUCUUACGACCCUCGUGACGACCCAGCUUUAUACACAGACCCAAAGGUGCAGCAAAGUCAUCCUCGCAUAGCCCAGCAAUACAGCAAUCUCAACAAGCACUCGGUACGGUUUAGAUUCCCGACAGAUGAUCAGGCAAAGGCAAGGGUUGUGCUGUUGCCCUGCUCCUACGCCCACAUUACCGUCACACCAGAGUAUAAAGACAGAUUCACCACCAAGCCCCAAGACGCUCCCUCACCCAAAAGGAGCAAUAUCCUGUACCCGGACGCCGAGUCGCUCCUCGAGAGUUUCGUGCGAACGCUGAUAAAGGAGCCCAACAUGGGCGGAUGGGUUUCCAGCCUCAGAAUGUGGACUAUUACCCACCUGUACGGAGAUCUGAUGCUUGGCGAUGAUGUGCUGGAUUCGUGCGACGACGAAGAGGCCAAGGCUUGGUUUAACAACGUAUUCGGAGAUACAGUGGCGGUAUUGACAGGGUUACGUGUACGAAACGACUGGGGAAAGUAG